AGUUAGACGACAACACAAAAAUGCAUUGUUAUUGGUCCCUAAACUGCUUGGAAUUGGACAGCGAACAAAACUAAGAUUCGUUCAUAUUCAGCACUUUGGUGAACGUAAUCAUGUUUGUGUUAACCAUUUGUUCUAAAAAGUUCCGAUGAUGUAACUAAUUUUUUUAUGGUUUUAACUAACCUACAUUUUACAUGUAUUGAAGUUAUACGUGUCUUAUUAUCGUUAAAAUAUUGGUUAUCAUUUUUUCACUAUUUUAAUUCAUAUAAUUAAGAACACUAUAUACAGGAAAUAUUAUUAACAGAGAAAUGGAUAUCCAAAAUCUUGAAGAAGAAAUUGCUAAUCUGUCGAAUAUCGAUAUAAAACAAGAAUUAAUUGACGAAGUAUCUACAAUAAAAAUUCAAAAUACAAAUGAACAAAUAAAUGGAAUUCAUUCAAUCAAACAAGAAAUCAACGAUGACUUGAAUACAAAUAAAAUAUUUAAUAACAAUGUAGAUGUAACUGUUGAAACAAAAAAGAAAACAAGAUAUUCAAAAGUUGCCCCUAGAAAGCGAAUCAAAUACAAAGGUACAAGACUGAUAAGAGAUGGAAAAUAUAUCCAACCAAAUGCUAUGGGGUUAAUGAUAUGUGCAUAUUGUGGGAAAUUAUACACUAAACAAGUAGAAUUGUUAUACCACUUAGCAACGAAUCAUUUUAUAAAAGGAAACAAAUUUUACAAGAUUAGAAUACACCAUAAAAGUAAAAGUGAUACACAUAUGGAAAAUCUUGAUAUUAAAGAUCAAAUUGAGAUGGUUGGAAAUGAAUUGAAAGUGGAGCUGCAGGACACCACAAAACAAUUGGAUGUUACUGAUAAUUUGAAUUCAAAUAUUCAUAAGGGUUGGAAUUUAAUUCAGAUUAAUUCAAAUAUGCAUUCACACACUGACACCAGGGCAAAACCAUUCAAAUGUGCCAUCAUUAGGAAACUAUUCUCUUAUAAAAAUAAUUUAAAUAUACAUAUGCCUAGUCACAAGAGAGAAAAGCGAUAUAAGUGUGACAUUUGUUUGAAAACUUUUCCAUAUACAAGUUACUUAAAGACACAUUUGUGUAGUCAUAUAGCAAAAAAGCCAUUUAAAUGUGACAUUUGUUUAAACACUUUUUCAUAUAAGAGUAGUUUGAAGAGACAUUUGCAUAAUCAUACAGGAGAAAAGCAAUUCAAAUGUGAUAUUUGUUUGAAACCAUUUUCCCGGAAAAUUAAUUUGAACACACAUUUCCGUAGUCAUACAGGAGAAAAGCCAUUCAAAUGUGACAUUUGCUUAAAAAAUUUUUCAGAUAGGAGUAAUUUGAAGAGACAUUUGCAUAGUCAUACAGGAGAAAAGCCAUUCAAAUGUGAUAUUUGUUUGAAAACAUUUUCACGGAAAAUUAAUUUAAAGAGACAUUUGCAUAAUCAUACAGGAGAAAAGCCAUUCAAAUGUGAAAUUUGUUUUAAAACUUUUUUACAAUCCAGUGAUCUCGAGACACAUUUGUGUAAUCAAGCAACAGAGAAGCAAUUAAAAUGUGAUGUUUGUUUGAAAACUUUUUCAGAUACAAGUCAUUUGAGGGCACAUUUACGUAUACAUACAGGAGAAAAGCCGUUCAAAUGUGACAUUUGUUUGAAAACUUUUUCACAGUCAAGUUAUUUGAAGACACAUUUUCGUAGUCAUACAGGAGAAAAGCCAUUCGAAUGUGACAUUUGUUUGAAAUUUUUUUCAGAUAGGAGUAAUUUGAAGAGACAUCUCCUUAGACAUACAGGAGAAAAGCUAUUCAAAUGUGAUAUUUGUUUGAAAUCAUUUUCACGGAAAAGUCUUUUGAACAGACAUUUUCGUAGUCAUACAGGAGAAAAGCAAUUCAAAUGUGACGUUUGUUUUAAAACUUUUUUAGAUACAAGUCAUUUGAAGGCACAUUUGCGUAUCCAUACAGGAGAAAAGCCCUUUAAAUGUAAAAUUUGUUUUAAAACUUUUUUACAGUCCAUUGAUUUCAAAAUACAUUUGCGUAUUCAUACAGGAGAGAAACCAUUCAAAUGUGAUAUAUGUUUGAAAACUUUUUCACAGUUAAGUAAUUUGAAUAGACAUGCACGUAUCCAUACAGGAGAAAAGCCCUUUAAAUGUGAAAUUUGUUUCAAAACUUUUUCACACAAAGGUAACUUGAAGGUACAUAUGCGCAGUCAUACAGGAGAAAAACCAUUCAAGUGUGACAUUUGUUACAAAACUUUUUCACAGAAAUGUAAUUUGAGAACACAUUUGAGUAGUCAUAUAGAAGAAAAGCCAAAUGUGACAUAAUUUCGAAACCUUAUUCAUAGAUACUUGAGUAGUUGAUAGAUUAAUAGAUACAGGAGAAAAUACAUUCAAUUUUUAUAUUUGUUUGAAAUCAUUUUAUAAUAUAAGUGAUUUAAAAGUAAAUAUAUGUAGUUACACAAGAGAAUAGUCAUUCAACAAUCCUGUCUACCUAUUCUUAUAAUAGUUAUAAUGUCCAUUAAUUGAAAAAACUUAAAGUUUUGAUACGGAAUAAAAAAAAUGAGGAUUAUUAAUUUUUUUAUAUAAUUAUGAAAUGAGUGUUUUAUUAUUAUUAAACGCCUUUUUACACAUA